AUGGAUGCUAUUUUAAACGAAAUCAAUUAGUAAUAGAGUAACAGGUACUAAAUGAUCUAUAAACGUUGUAGCAACUUUAUAAGUACUUGCGUGCUUGAUAUCGAUUCCUGGAAAAAGAACUACCCAGAAAAAAAUCACAAGCAUUACUUCAUAAACAAGAGUUUGCUAAUAAAAGUAUGUACACCAUUUCCAGGUUUAAAUUCAUAAAUAGGCAAGAAUAUCAAAAACACAGCUGAUAAAAAUCUAGUUGCAAAGAGUACAUUUGAAUUAGCCCAAGGUGCAGGGUUAAGUUACUAAAUAGCAAUUUUUAUGGGAUAGUCUUUCCAAAAGAAUUCAUUAAACUUCUAGAUGCAGGAGGCAUCUGCUGAGGAUGAUCUUUCAGUAUUCAUUAUUUAUGAUUAUAAUAUUUCUGUUUAAACAAAGGGAUUCUACUGA